UUCAGGGCUUUGGAAGGGGAAAAUUUCCUUCUUGAGAAACAUGUUUCUUUUCUUCUUUUAAAUCUCACAGGCACAGUUGACAAACAUUCAGUGGAAGUCACCAACUGCUUCUCUGUCCCUCACAAUGAGUCAGAAGAUGAAGUGGCAGUUGACAUGGAAUUUGCCAAGAAUAUGUAUGAGCUGCACAAGAAAGUGUCUCCAAGUGAAAUUAUUCUGGGAUGGUAUGCAACAGGACAUGACAUCACAGAACACUCUGUCUUGAUUCAUGAAUAUUACAGCCGAGAAGCACACAAUCCAAUUCAUCUCACUGUAGAUACUAGUCUACAAAAUGGCCGUAUGAGUAUUAAGGCAUAUGUCAGUACUGCAAUGGGAGUCCCUGGUAAAACUAUGGGAGUAAUGUUCACUCCCCUCACAGUGAAGUAUGCCUACUAUGACACAGAGCGAAUAGGUGUUGAUCUUGUUAUGAAAACUUGCUUCAGCCCAAAUCGAGUGAUUAGUUUGUCCAGUGACCUUCAGCAAGUGGGAACAUCUUCUGCUCGGAUCCAGGAUACCCUGAGCACAGUGCUGCAGUAUGCAGAAGACGUAUUGUCUGGUAAAGUGGCUGCAGACAACACUGUUGGACGCUUUCUGAUGGACCUCAUUAACCAAGUUCCAAAGAUUUCCCCAGAAGAUUUUGAAACAAUGUUGAACAGCAAUAUCAAUGAUCUGCUGAUGGUGACUUACUUGGCAAACCUCACCCAGUCACAGAUUGCACUCAAUGAAAAAAUUCUGAACCUGUAAUUGAUUUUCUAAAAGAGCAUGAAGAAUAUUGCAGUUUGUACCAUUGGCCAUCCAAGUUAUAUAGCUGGACUGUAAUUUCUGAAAUGACUAUCAGACAAACUCAUCCUCACCCCAACUCUUCUCUCCUCCCCAAAUUGAAUUUGGCUGACAACAAUGAAGACAGUCAUUAAACAUGAAUUACACUCUG